UCCAACAGGUUUAACUGGAAGCACUCGCUUUCGGAGCGCCGUUCCUUCAUCAGAUGGUUGUAGAGUGUAAGACCGCAGGAUGUGUUAGUGCAGAGUGUGUGAAUUACAGUGUGUGAAUGACUGUGUUGCUGCUAGAUGCACUGUCAAGGUGCUUGGAUGUGCGUGCGUUCGGUUGUGUCGGUAGUUGGGUGAUCCCUGCGAUGGAUUUAGAUUAGAUUAGAUUACUUACGGUGUGGAAUUUGUUUUCCGCGCUCUCCUUGUAUGAUAUGUUUCACAAUGACUGACUGUUUAAACUCCAGUUUCUGUGGGUGUUGCUUUUAUUGGUGACACUGGUCCCCAGCCCAGCGCUCCUCAUUGCCCGCAUUUGCUAGACAUUCCCAGGCGGCAUUCUGCUGCUUCUCAUCAUCACACCAUCUGACUGGAAGCUCAGACGGGCGAUGACAACAACAAAGAUCAUUUACUUCUCGGUGGACGGCAGACCUGAACAAGCGGAGUUCCCUAGCGACUGCCCAGCCCAAGAUGUGAAAGAGGUUUUCCGAGCUGCUGCCGAAGCAGGUCCUUACGAUAUCUUGAAACUAUAUAACACAAAAGGCAACAUUAUAAACAUCUCCCCAAAGCUGGAGUCUAAUACUCGUCAGACACAGUACAAACUGGAAGUUGUUGCUGCGGAUUGUAAGACUUAUUCCUUAGGUUCUGAACUGGCAACAGCUUUGGGAUUUGAUCUGUCAGCUAUGGAGAAAAGGUUACAGACAUUAGAGAAAAAAAUUCUGGUUGCAUCUACAGACAUGCCAUCGAUCAUGUAUGAGAUGAGAAAUCGGGUAGAAUCAUUUCGGGAGAAACUUGAAAGCGUUGAACACCUCAGCUGGCUAGGGUUAUUUAAAGAGCUGUCAAAUGGAACGAACAAGCCGUCACCCUUCUAUCACAAACGUUCAUUAAGAAAAACAAAAGAAGAGUGCCAGCAAGUAAUGGAAAAUUACCUGCAGAUGAGCAGUCUUGAGGUCACAGAAGAAGUCAGACAGUAUCUGAAGACACCAACCUUUGAUAACUGGCAAUGGGAAGAUGCAGAGAUCAUGGUGCUCCUUCAACUGAUGUACAUAGACUUGGAUUUUAUGAACAAAUUCAACAUUGAAAUGGAAGUUCUGCAACAGUUCCUUUUUGAGGUGUAUCGCCAUUAUAACAACAUUCCCUUCCAUAACUUCAAGCAUUGCUUCUGUGUCACCCAGAUGAUGUAUGGGUUGAUCUGGUUAACAGACCUUCAAAACAAAAUGGAUGAUAUUGAUAUCCUAACCAUGCUCACCUCAGCAAUAUGCCAUGAUCUGGACCAUCCAGGCUAUAACAAUGCAUAUCAGAUAAAUGCUCGCACAGAACUGGCAUUGAGAUAUAAUGACAUCUCUCCCCUGGAGAACCAUCAUUGUUCUGUGGCCUUUAACAUCCUGGAGAAGUCUGAAAACAACAUAUUCCGAAAUUUGACAACAGAACAGUUUAAACGGAUUCGAGAAGGAAUGAUAAAGUGUGUUCUUGCCACAGACAUGACUCGUCAUAAUGAGAUUCUGAAUCAGUUCAGAUCCAUUGUGUCAGUGUUUGAUUUUAACAACAAAAACCACAAGGACAUCCUUACAAUGAUUAUUAUAAAAGUAAGCGACAUUUCCAAUGAAGCUCGACCAUUGGAUGUAGCUGAACCUUGGCUGGAUUGCUUAUUGCAGGAGUUUUUCAAUCAGAGUGACAUGGAGAAGCUAGAAGGGUUGCCAGUGUCUCCAUUCAUGGACAGGGACAAGGUGACAAAGCCAUCUUCCCAAACAGGUUUCAUCCGCUUUGUGUUGCUGCCAUUGUUUAUCGAACUCGCAAAUCUAUUCCCCAGUUUGGAGCAACACAUCAUUGACCCUGUGCGAAAGGCUUUGGACUAUUACACAGAGAUGGAGAAAGCCUUGGAAAAGGAGAAACAGAAUCGUACUGGAGGGUCACAGUGUGAUAAAGUAGUGAAACCUCUGGACAAGCAAGAUGAAAACCAAAAAAAUACAGAUCAAACUGAGUCCAAUAAAAUUGUCAUCAGUACUGAGCAGAAAGUCAGCAGCUCAGGCAUGUUGAAGAAGACAAAAGCAUUGCAACCUUUGCAGAAAUUUGAGUAAAUAAGUAAAAGCAGAGGAUUUGAGCUUGGAAAUGAUCCCAACAAACAGACAAUAAGUAUUUAUUGGCCUAGAUUUUGCAGAGAAUCCUGCUCAUCACUAACUCUCUGGCACACGUUUCCUCUUUUCUAAUGUUAAUUUGAAUUUGGCAUGAGACUUCUUGCUAUCCAGCAGUAAUGAUGUCAGCAAGCAGGAUAAGCAGCUAAUCACAUUGAAGUAUUUUCACAGACAGCAAACCAGGAAGUAAAAUGCAAUGACCACCUUUCACUUUUGAUAAAUUUUACAACAGAUUAAAAUAAAGAUUGACAUACUUCUAUUGUAAAUUUAAAUAUCAUAAUAAAUGUUACAUUUUAUUACAUUACAAAACUUGGGAUUAUUAUUGGAUGAAAAGUGUUGAUUUUGAAAAAUAUCACAUUGGUUUUCCAAGGCUAGAAGAGAUUCCCUGGUGUUGGGAAAAUAACACAAUUAGUAACAAGUCGUAGUUUUUGGGCUGCUUUUAACAGUGAUAAUACAGUGCAAAAUGGGCCGAUUUCAUCAGUUCAGUGAUUUCUGAAUUGAUCUCCGCUCACAGGAAUUUAGAUUAGAUUAGAUUCCCUACAGUGUGGGAAACAGGCACUUCGGCCCAACAAGUCCACACCAACCCUCCA